AUGGGUGCCAUCCAUCAACAGGAAGCCCUUACAACUGAUCUCCUUCAAACACUAAAGGAGAAUAGGGGAUUUACACCUCAAUUCCUUCAAUCCCAGUGGGAGGCACAAAAGACUCUGCAACUAUCCGCUCGAGCCUACAAUGACCAAGCUGGAAUGAAAAAGUUUGCCAAAUUGUUGGAAGCUGAACAGUUGUCAGGGCCCAGCCUCUGUCUGGGGGUGGCCCUACCUCAGAGCUGGACACUUGCAGCAUCCCAGGCAGCCAGGUGCUGGAUCCUAUCCCAAGCUCCUCAAACUCACUAA